AUGUACCCGAGUCCCACUGAGAGGGUAGUCCAGGGUACGGACUGCGUGGACUCCAGUACGCAACAGAAUUCCUUCCACACCGCCACCUACUGUUUGGGCCCUGGGACACCCACUCGUACCCGGGAACGGGCCUCGGUACAUUCUUGUGAACACAACAUCUGCGGUAAAAGUGCGAACCUAUCCAGGUACGAUACGGACCCAGUCCUCUCUCAGGUUCUCAGCUCCAUCAGGUUGAACCUCUUUAAACCCGCACAAGGUGAACUCCAAUCCAAUCACAGAGCACGCGCAGCCGCAUCAGCCAAUCCGGGCCCGGGCCCGUGCGCGGCGGCGGACCGGGCGGUUAUAAACCCCCACGGACCCCCGGGCGCACAGAGGGUCACCGGGUCCGUGUGGAGUCUGGUACCCGUCAGGAUGUUCCCGUGCAGCGCCCUGCCGCCGCCGCUCUACCCGGGCCUCCUGCGCCCUCCGCCGGCCGUGUCCGCGCCGCUGCCCCGCCCCCUGCCGUCCGGGUUCCUGGUGGAGGACCUGCUCCGGAUCAGCCAGCCCAUCAGCUACCUGCACCGGACCCUGGCCUCCAGGGGCCCCGCAGACGUCUUCUCCGGGAGCCCCGGGUCCGGAGCCUCCUCCCGGGAGUCGGGACCCGGGGCGGACCGGGACCGGUCCGCAGCGCAGAGCGCGACCCCGCAGAGGCGCAGUGGACCCGGGGGCGCGCACGGCGGAUGCGCAGAAGCAGGAGGACUCAAGUUCGGAGUCAGCGCCAUCCUGGCCCCGUCCGCCCGGACCGGUACCGCUGGUUCUUCGUCUCCUUCGGUCCAGACUCUUCAGACUAAAUCCUUCCCUCUUCCUUUCCUUGACCUGAACCUCCAUCCGUUCAUCAGAGCCUCUUACUUCACAGCCUCGUCCUCCGUGGUCCCCGUCCCAGGGACCUUCUCGUGGCCCCUGGCCCCCAGAGGGAAGCCCAGACGGGGGAUGCUGCGCCGGGCCGUGUUCUCUGACCUGCAGAGGAAGGCACUAGAGAGAACGUUCCAGAAACAGAAGUACAUCAGUAAACCAGACCGCAAGAAACUGGCCUCCAAACUGGGACUCAAAGACUCACAGGUGAAGAUCUGGUUCCAGAAUCGCAGGAUGAAGUGGAGGAACUCCAAGGAGCGGGAGCUUCUGUCCACGGGGGGGUGUCGACAGCAGACCCUCCCCACCAAGACCAACCCCCACCCGGACCUGACCGACGUGGGCACCGCCUUCUGCCACACCCCCGACCCCCGACUGGACGCCCAGGACCGCCCCCACCCCCACCCCCUCCACCACAGUCCUCCGUCCCCGUCGGAGAGCAGUAAACAGUCGGACUCGGACGGGGAGGAGAUCACGGUGUCGUAGACGUGCACACGCUCAGAUGAAUCCGUGCACGGAGGAGGUGUUAUGGCUGUGUUUUGUCAGCCUCCGCCCUCCGCGCCACAUGUACAGUGUAAAUGUAGAUCAGAUUAAUGUUCAUAUAAUGGAAACCGGCC